AUUAACCAUGAUUGUUCUUAUUGGCAAUCCUAUAAAUGAAACGAUAAUUCAUCCUUCCAUGUGACAGUUUUAUAUAUACAGGGACGGAAAUAUUUAUUUUCGAUGCAGACGUGUUAUUUGGGAUGUAGAAGUCGUGGAGAAUGGGUUAAACUCUGUAGAAAAUAGGCUAGCCAUUGAGUUCGUGCGAUUCAUUGCGCUUGAAUUGUUUUGAAUCUUAUUACAACUUUUUUUGUUGUUGACGGUGGUUGUCCGCUGCACAGAGUUUAGGAUUGGCAGUCAAGACCCAGACGCGCAGUGGAAUAGGGCGGGGACAGCAGCAGUUGCAGAAUUUAAAGAGUGGAGAGGGUGCAGCACAGCUGAUAAAAGUGAGUCAUUCACUGCAGCCCUUCUCAAACACAUAGCUACCAGGUGGCAUAAAAAAUUGGGUAAUUAGGAUAGUGCGCAAACAUAUAAGAGAAGCAGUAGGAAAUUGCAGCACAUAAACUGCGUGAAAGUUGACUUAUUUCCGUGCCUGCAUAUUGUUAUGUUACAUCAGUUUGUCCGAUUUGUAGAAUCGGAUAAGUACAACUAAAAUAACAUUCCGUUUUCAGUUGUAUCUGACAUUAGAAGAUGACCCUGACAAAUGCAAAACUAGCCUUGCUGAGCUGGACCGAUGGGAGCAUCCAGGAAUGCCACAGUGAGGAACUCAAGUUUUCCGAAAUCUCGAGAUUGGCGCACAGCGACCCGAGGAGCUGGCUGAGCCCUUUCCAGCCUGGGGGUCCGGGGCCCGUUUCAUUCCCGGCCCCGGGAGGAGCGGUCCCGGCUCUGUACGACCACGGGUCACUAGAAGUUGACCUCCAAAAAAUGGUAUCCAGGAAUGCAUUAUCCAACAGCGCUGUUAUGAACGAGAGGGACUUUGAUAAAUUGAGAGGAGACGCGAAUAAGCGGAGCAUCUCUCACUACCCCGGCCCGCAGAAGCACAGGCGGGUGGCUGCCAACGCAAGAGAGAGGCGGAGGAUGCACGGGCUCAACAGGGCGUUUGACAAGCUGAGAAGCGUCAUUCCCUCCCUGGAAAACGAAAAGAAGCUGUCCAAGUAUGACACUCUGCAGAUGGCGCAAAUAUACAUCACUGAACUCUCCGAGCUACUGGCCGGCGUGGGCAAAACCGACUGCAGGAGCGGCGCUGGCGACAGUCUCGGCGGAGACCUGGGGGGCCAGGUGAGGACAAGCAGCCAGCCGCAAACGUGCUUGCCCGAAGUGAGGGUCGGGAGCAGCGCGAAUUACUCCCUGGACAACCCGCCCUCCUCCGCCCGGUUCUCCGCGCUCGGCGAGUCUCAGGGCGUGACCGCUGCGGUCGGGCACCUGAUUAUCCUCUCGAACCCGAAGCCGGCUCUGGGGAGCGACAGCAAGAGCAUGGGGGCGUCCUCUAACGGCAGCGACGGAGAGUCUCCCAACUGCAGUGACUGCGAGGACGGACACUCGGAAAGACAUUAACCGGACUGCCUUAGGCCAGGAUGAAAAUGAGUGCUUUAGAGUAGACAGAACUGUGCGUGACCGGCGUAGAAACGAUAGUACCAUCCGCACUACAGCUUUUAUAUACACUUUACAAAACAGGCAAGUAACUUAUAGGGCACUCGACCUAGAUAGUGGGUUCAUUGCUGUGUUUAGGAGACGGAAAAAGGAAGUUUCACAGGAAGUAAGAAGUUUGUAGUAGAAUGACACGCGAUUAUUCACUGUAACCCAGAUGCUGUGGAAUCGACACACCCACACAUCUUGUGCAAGACCUGCACACAACUAUCUUACUCGCUUGUCAGUAAUGUUUCUUUUUCGUAAAUCGUUUUUUGUCUGCUUCAAAAGUCUGUUCUCGAGUAACAAACUAAAUCCAGAAGGUGUGUUGCCUAUAAACUGCCGAAUGAGUUUUCUUUUUUUUUUCUCCUUUAAAUGUUAUCUUCAAUAUAUUUUCUGAGGAAAUGUCCGACGAAUCUAAGGGAAAUACAUUUUGGCUGGUCUAAACGUAUGGCUUGACACGUUAAAUGCCCGUUAAACUCUUCUACGUACGAGAGAAUAUAACUUUGUCUAUCUUUACCACACGUGUAUUUUCUUUGUGUACUACAAAAGGGAUCCGGGAUACAUUUGAAGGCAAAAGUCUCGUCGAAGUUGUGCCCUUGUAUUGUCUUGUUCUUGUUAAAACACAAUGGCACAUCACUGUCGUUUUUCGUAAGUUUGGAUUCUAUCUUACAGUUAAGAACUCUAAAUUAAUCUAUGUAAGAACAUGUGCUUUUUAACCAAAAUGCUUAAGCUCAGGGUUUUUAAACGGGGACAAUGUCACAAAAAUGCCAACCCCGUUUAUUAAGGCAAAACAUUAUAAAUCUUUUAAAUAAAGGUUAAGAACGCUCUCAUCACCGUAAGAAAUAAAAUGUUCUUUGUCUCACUACUCCAAGUUCCAAAUAAAACACUAUAUGCAGAGGAUCUAUGACUAACUUUAUUUUUAAUGUAAUUAAUAUAUUCUUAUAGAAAAAUGCAGGUGAGAUUGCUUAUAGUUGCACUUUAUGGAAAAAAAGAUAGGGUAGUUGAUGGAAACUGGUCGUAGAGACUGUUUUAACUCUGUAAUGCAUUGUCUUCACACAUUUUAAAUGUAUGUUAUUUUGUUAUUUAUGUUUUACUGUCCAUCCAAAAAGUAGUGAACUAUUCUUGUUAUUUUAUCGAUGUUAUUAUUUAAUUUGUUUUCGAACGAUGCUAAAUAAAUUUUUCACAAAGUUCAAAUAUUCUUCUUCCCGUUUUUGUUCGUUAAAGUGGAAUUAAAAAUAUAAAAAGAUCCAGCGUGUAAACGGAAAAGCAUUUUCUCUGACUCAUGUCCUCAUUAAUUCUGAAGGAUCUGUAUUUGUAUUAUUUAAAGCUCAGGUUAUACUAACUGAAAAGGUCAAAAGAAAAGUUUCUUCGUUAUCAGAUGUCUAAGGUUUCAUUUCUGUUUUUAAUCUACUGAGUAAUGUACUCAGAACAUUAAAGUGUAAUUGUGAUGUCCCGAGUUUUAAAUCCAGCAUCUUAUCCUAGGUGAUUAAUUUGAGGAUUACAAAAGGAACGAAAUAAAUUUUAAAGGAGCAUUUUUUCAGUCUCCCGUGAGAAUUGUGGAUAAACUAUGUUGUCAUUUGGCGUGUCAGAAUAAAUUGAAUUAUAUAUCUUUGAAAUCGCGAGAAAACCAAAACUAAGAAGUGAAAAACAAGGUUCUAUGUGUAUAUCCGCAUACAGUGUAUAUAUAAAAGGGUGUUUUGUAAUUUUGUAAUGUUUACUAUUCAACAAAGUUUGAUUCAACAUGGACUUUGUGAAAACAAAUGUUUCGAUUGAAAGCAUAGGUCUAAUGUGUAUGAAGCUCUCUAACUCAUUAUACUAUAUAACCGAAAAAUAUUACCUUUUCUGUAUGCUUUUGAUUUGAAUUUUAGAGUUUCAUACCUUUCACUGUUUUUUUUUUUUUUGCGUCUAAGGGAUGAUCGAAAUAAGACGUUUACAGCACUUGCUGUGCUAAGAGCCAUGGGA